CUAUAAAAGAGAGUGCUGCUCUUAGAAGACGGCACAAGUCAGACUUGAGCAAGAAGUAAAGAAGAUAAUUAAAACACAAGAGAUAUAAUAAUUCAGGAACAAGUCAUCCAUCGCGGGGAUUAUUUUUUGCCACUUUUCCAUCUUCACUGGAAUUACUAAAAAACUGAGGCCCAACAUGCCAGUGUCCAGGGAGAAGAUGCGGCCGUGGUUGGUGAGGAUGAUCGAGUCCAAAAGUGUGGCCGGUCUGACUUGGUUGGACAAGGAGAAGACCAUGUUCUCCAUUCCUUGGAAGCAUGCGGCUCGCCACGGCUGGGACAUGAAUAAGGAUGCGUCUUUGUUCAAGAUGUGGGCCAUCCACACAGGAAAAUACAUGGAGGGCAACUCUCCCGAUGCCAAGACGUGGAAGGCCAACUUCCGCUGCGCCAUGAACUCGCUUCCCGACAUCGAGGAGGUAAAGGACAAGAGUGUCAACAAGGGCCAGUCGGCCAUGCGGGUCUUCCGGAUACUGCCCCAGAAACCUAAAGAAAAACGAAGCAAAGCAAAAGCUAAGUCCAGGAAGCAGGUCAAAUUUGUGGCCGAGGACAGUGACUACAGCGAUACCCAAUCACCACUUAACCCUCAGCGGUUGCAUGAUGAACUGCCGUCCCCUCAGGAGAAUGUGGUGGACAGCACGGUGGGCGUGAACAAUAAAGAAGGUUUUAAUCCAUUUGAGUUGAACGCGCACCUGCCCGGCAGCUUUGAAGAGAAAUUUCAAAUUUCACCUGAACACAGCCCCGAUUACGAAUACGACAUAGUGGAGAUUUGCCAGCAACUGGAAAGAGAAGCACAGAAAAUGAAUUUUUAUGACAACAAGGAGUUCCUGAGUCCGCACUACAGUCCAGGGAGCCAAUGGAGCGAUUCCUCAGCCGACGACUCGGAUGAACCGUCGCGAAUGUACACCACGCUGAGCACGGAAAUCCCCUUGUCAUCGUACGACUCCUGGAGCGACCUCCACUCCCAGUCAUUCGGCAGCUUCCGUUCAGAACCCAACGACGUUUCUUCAUUGGACUUUACGAAUUUUUCUCCAUUUAUAAUGUGAACACCCCGCCGUCCGCCAAUUUGAGACCAAUCUGGUGCUGCCCACAAAUCUCCGGUCUUCAUGUUGGUGUCGCCUCUGACUACUAUAGAUGCAGAGCUGAAGGAAUUUUGACAUGAAGGGGCGCCAAUGGAAAAUGUUGCCAGUUCAGGCUUUCCACAGUGCAGUUUUUCCCAAUGAUUAGAUAAAUACAGUAUCUGUGAGCUUCAGGAACUCAUUAGUUUUGUUAUGACUAUGGUAGCCAGACAUUUAACCUUCGCUCAAACAACCUUUCACUCGUUGUUAAAAAUGUAAAUAUGUGUAUAUAGUUGUCUUUUGUGAUUUUUUUUUUUUACAAUAAAAAGAAAAAUA